GAGAUAUCUGUCUCGUCCACCAUGAGGUUCCUACUUCUCGCUCUGUUCACCACGGCCCUGCUGGCCGCGUUCACCGCACCCGUCUUCGGCAACCCGACCCCGGGGGGCUGCCUUGGGUCGACCCAGAAGGCGGGCUGCAGCAGAUCGUCAUCGUCAUCCUCGUCAUCAUCGGCGGCGGCGUCGUCGUCCUCGGGCGGCAGCAUUCACAGCCUUGCCCCUGGCUCCUCCAAGGGAAGCACUCCAGAGAGGCGCAAGUUCGACAAGGUCACCCACAAUAGCAUAAAGGGCGCCUUCUUCAACGGCAAGAAGCAGCCCAGGAGGAGGCCCUUCUCGGGGAGUCGCGGGUGAGGAGGUUUCUAGUGGAAAGUAAACCAAUGUCUU